CCCUCCCAUCUGAGAGAGCUUGACCUGAGCUACAAUCACCCAGGAGACUCAGGAGCUGCGCUGCUCUCUGCUGGACUGGAGGAUCCACGCUGGAGACUGGACACUCUCAGUGUGGAGCACGGUGGAGUGUGGAGACUGAAACCAGCUCUAGAGAAGUAUGCCUGUGAACUCACACUGGACCCCAACACAGCCCACAGACGACUCUCUCUGUCUGAGGACAGCAGGAAGGUGACGCUGGUUGAAGAGAAACAGUCGUAUCCGGAUCACCCAGAGAGGUUUGACGGCUGGUACCAGGUGUUGUGUAGAGAGGGUCUGACUGGCCGCUGCUACUGGGAGGUAGAGUGGGGAGGACGGGUUCAUAUAGGAGUGACAUACAGAGGAAUGACAAGGAGAGGAGUGGGUAGUGACGCCGUGCUUGGAUUGAACAACAAGUCCUGGAGUCUUGAUUGUAAUGACGACGACAAUGCUGCUGUCUACACUGCCGAUCACGACGGUAGUAGAACAACCCUACGUCUCCCCCCCCCUCACUCUAACAGAGUAGGAGUGUAUCUGGACCGGCCCGCUGGCUCUCUGUCCUUCUACAGAGUGUCCCCAGGUGGAGGGGGGUCCUCAGACACACUGACACUCCUCCACACCUUCCAGGCCUCCUUCACCCAGGAGGUCCUCCUCCCUGGGUUUACGUUAAAUAACCCUGGUUCCUCAGCGUCUCUGGGAGUGUCCAUUGUAGACACACAAACACACAAAAAGACCCAUGGAAAAGCACGCACAUGUAAACAGUCAUAAACACACCCAAACCAACAAACACAUAUGUACAUAGAAAUUAACACACACACACAAACAAACA